AUUUCUGCCGCCUUUCCCUCCGCCGCCGCUGCCUCCCAACGUGCCGGCGCCACCCCUCCCGCCGCCGCCGCUCCCACCCUCGCCGCCGCCGCCGCCGCCGCCGCCGCCGCCUUCUCUGGCCCCUCUGCCACCUGUACCCGACCCAGGCCCUCUGUCCCUGAGAGGAGGCUGUGUUCGGUCUCCUUCCUGGGCCAGGGGCACAGCCAUGGCGGACGGUGGCGGCGGCAGCGGGGGCACCGGUGCGGUGGGCGGCGGCGGCUCGGGCCAGGCCUCGGCGGGGGCGGCGACCGGCGCGACGGGGGCUGGUGGAAGCGGCGGCCCCAUCAACCCGGCUUCGCUGCCUCCCGGCGACCCGCAGCUCAUCGCUCUCAUCGUGGAGCAGCUCAAGAGCCGGGGCUUGUUUGACAGUUUCCGCCGGGACUGCCUGGCCGACGUGGACACUAAGCCAGCUUACCAAAACCUGAGGCAGAAAGUGGAUAAUUUUGUGUCAACACACCUGGACAAGCAGGAAUGGAAUCCUACGAUGAACAAAAACCAGUUGCGAAAUGGUCUGCGGCAGAGUGUGGUUCAGUCAGGGAUGUUGGAAGCUGGAGUGGACAGAAUUAUUUCCCAGGUGGUGGAUCCCAAACUAAACCACAUCUUCAGGCCACAGAUAGAACGAGCAAUUCAUGAGUUCCUGGCGGCCCAGAAAAAAGAAGCUGUGCCAGCACCCCCUCCAGAGCCUGAAAGCCAGGACCCUCCAGCUCCAUCCCAGGAUGCCUCCUAAGGUCCAGUAUCCAUCUUUUGUCCAGGAGCAUUCACCUCUGGCUUGUAGAUAUAGAAAAUGGAUAGAAAAGGGAAUAUGCCUCACACAUUUUGGAAGCUCCACUAAAUUAGUGGUGAAGACCUGGAUUCAGUGACAUAAGAGUACGACUUUAGAGUGAAGACAGGCCAAGGUCAUCACUGACGUCAAGAUCCAACCUGGACUGUGGGGCAGUGCCCAGACAGAAUAGGGAGCAAGUGUAGCAGUAGGAAAGUUGACACGUGUGCCCCCACAGUGUGCUGCCAUCUGGCCAGUUUGUCUAAGCUGAUGACACCCAGUAGACACUACAGAUAUAUUAAGAAACACUACGUCAACCUGGGGUUGUCCUGAAACAAACCUUUAUACUUGAACUUGGAGACUGCGUGUGGAUUUUAGGGUUUGUGCGUGGGGAUAAGCAAACCUUACCAAUGAAGGAACGGAUCUAGUCCCAAGAUGCAAUUUCAAAGAAUGACAGUAACGGUUAGUCAGGAGUGGGCAUUUGACAGUGCUUAUUUGAUAGUGUUUCUCAGAGUUGCAAGUUAGAGUGUAUAAGCCUUUAGCAUCAAGGAGCUUUGAGACUGCUGCGACCCUCUCUCGUACGUGACUCUUGUAGCUUCAGUUCCCUUUCCCCGGUAAGCGGUGUCAAAACGCGGACCCUAGAAAUCAUGGAGAAAUGCAGGCUUAGGUGGAAGGAAAAACUUCUGCAGGUGCUCUGUGCAGGGCUUGCUUCUUCCUAUCCUGCAAAGGCUAGUGAGUCCUAAGUGUGUGUAUUUGAUUCUCAUGUAUGUGUUUUUUAGAAGGUGAAUAAUCAAUAAGUGGCUUAAGUUUUGUAAUAAAACCAUUUGAUACUCUUA